AUUAUGAGCCUAAUUGCAACCUGUAUCCUCUGUCAGGCCAGAUUGCCGUACGAAAGUUCGAAUACGUGGAUACUGGUGCGUCAUUUGAUUGAUAAACAUCCACUGGAAACCAUGCCGCUCGGGUGCGAACGAAAUUUAGAACACGAUAUCGGGCACAGCACUGAACAAUUAAAUCUACAUACAACGAAUGACUCUAAUAAGCAACCAGCAACCAUGCCAGGCAGUAGUCGAUUGAGCAAAUGUCACCCUAAAAAUGCACUGCUCAAUAAUAGGCGAACCAUUUACAAAACUACCGUUGCCCAAUGGAAACCGGCACAGUUUCGUGUGAAAUGCAAAGAGUGUGGAGGAUGCUUUUAUCCAACAAUCCGCCAUGCAACGAGUCGUAUUUCUAACGGACUGGGUGCUGCCUGUUUAAUUUCAUGCUGGCCGUUAUGUUUUCUACCCGUCCUGUUUACCACACCGACGAAACAUCAUCUGCACUGCUCGAACUGCAAUGCUUAUCUGGGCCUUUAUGAUGUUCAACGAGACUGUAUGAAGGAAACUUCUUGA